AUGACGGAGAGCGCAUACCUGAAGCACAGCGUGGGUCCGGUGCUCGCCAAGGCAGUGGCGGAGACGGUGCUCGCGCAGCCCAGCAACCCGCAGGAGUACCUCGCACUCUACCUGCUGCACGUGCUGCAGGAGGAGGAGCGCGCCGCCGCCACCGCCGCACGCAAGCAGAAGGUGGAGGAGCAGCGGCAGACUUGGGCUAGAGAGCGCGCCCUGCGUGAGAAGCGCGCCGCUGACACGAUACAGCGCUUCUUCCGACAAUGCAAGAGCUCGCUGGAUGCACGCCGCGCAGAGGAGACGGCGCUGUGGAACAAGUACGAGGAUGCCGUCGCGGAGGUGGAGGAGCUGCUGGACAGCGACGAGGCCGCCGCUGCUGCUUCUGGCGGAAGGGCCGAAGACGCAGCGCCACCGCGUCGUGGCGGCGGCGGUGGUGGCGAAGAGGAGGAGGAGGACGAAGGCGCCCUCGAGGAUGCCGCGGAAGCGUGCGCGGAAGCCCGCGGCGAGUUCUACAAGGCGCAGCGCUUCAUGCUUUACACGCGCAAGGCACUCAUCGGGGCGCUGAAGACGCAGCUGCUGGAGCAACGCGAGCGGGUGCGCGUGGAGCAGGACCUCAUGCACGGCAUCCUCAACGCUACGACAGAGGAGAUGCAGGAGCGGGAGGAGGCCGAGGGCGCCGCUGCUGCU